AUGGAUAACAAACAGCUUGCUCACUUUGUUGAGAGACAAGGUACACCGCUCAACACGCGGCCAGCGUCGCCUUAUACUUUGAACCCACCCGUUGAAGCAGAUGGCCUAUCGUGGCCCACACCUGGCUCGAGAUCUCGAGCCGAAGAAUCGGAAAAAGACACGCAAGAGCGUACGGAGCGGAUUGCGGCGGCGAUGAAAGUGAUUCUGGCGGAGUUGGGCGAAGAUGUGGCUCGUGAAGGCCUCCUGGAUACUCCGCAGAGAUAUGCCAAGGCAAUGCUGUAUUUCACCCAGGGCUACCAGCAUAAUAUCAUGGACGAUGUUAUCAAAAACGCGGUUUUCGAAGAGGAUCACGACGAAAUGGUUAUCGUAAGGGAUAUCGAGGUGUACUCGCUGUGCGAGCAUCACCUGGUGCCAUUUUUCGGGAAAGUGCACAUCGGUUACAUCCCAAACAAAAAGGUCUUGGGACUCAGCAAGCUGGCACGUCUGGCUGAGAUGUAUGCCCGCCGGUUGCAAGUACAAGAAAGACUUACGAAACAGAUUGCCAUGGCAUUGAGCGAGAUUCUCAAACCUCGUGGUGUAGCAGUAGUCAUGGAGGCUCAACACAUGUGCAUGGUGUCGCGAGGAGUUCAGAAAACAGGAUCUUCAACAGUCACUUCGUGCAUGCUGGGUUGUUUUAGAGGUGCUCACAAGACGCGUGAGGAAUUUUUGAACCUGCUGGGUCGCCGCAGUUGUUGA